GCUGUUGAGCUUAGCCAAAAGUAACGCGUUUGUCAACACCGAACAAUCUUUUUUACUGCAAGCGACAACAAACUUUUCACAAAUUUUGUUUUUAAUUUAUUAAAUUAGUUUUAAGGAAGUAAGGUCUGAAAAAUGGCUGAGACGAAUGCCCAACAUCCCUUCGACAUGGACAGCUCUAGUUUCGAUGCAGAAAAGUACCUGGAAAGGCUGCUGAAGGACUGUUCCCUGAAACAAAUCAUGGACACGGAAGCGGCGGUGGUCAAGGAUACGCAGACCCUACACUCGGACAUGCAGACUCUGGUCUACGAGAACUACAACAAGUUCAUCUCCGCCACGGACACCAUACGCCGCAUGAAGGACGACUUCAAGCAGAUGGAAACGGAUGUAAAUCUCCUGAUGACCAAGAUGCAGUCCAUCACCACGUUCAGUGAGCAGAUCACGGGCACCCUGCAGGGCACGCGCUCCCAACUGUUUCGCCUCUCCGAGAAGCACUCGCUGCUGAAGCGCCUCCAGUUCCUUUCCACACUGCCAGCCAAGCUCAAGUCGCUGAUUGAGGAGCAGAACUAUGCCCAGGCUGUGCAGGAUUACCUCCAUGCCCAGAAGGUAUUUGCCCAAUAUGGACGACAGCCUUCUUUUGAUGGCAUUCAGCGAGACUGCGAUGCCAUCAUGGCGGAUUUGAAGGAGCGCUUGAGAAAGGAUUUCCAGCGGGCAGGAAACACUGCACAAUCUCUAACAGAGAUCGGGGAACUGCUCUUACAGCUGGACGAGAAGACCUCGGAUCUGGCCAGCGAGAUGCUGACCUGUGCGGGCAAGCGACUCCACGAGCAGAUUGUGAUGCUGCAGGAUCAGACGGAGCGGGACAUGCUGGAAUUUGUGGACAUGGGCAUCGAUGGGUUCCUCAACGAUCUGGCCUUGGUGGUGACCUCCUACUUUGACAUGUUCGUGGCCAAGCACUACGAGCAGGAGCGCGACGAUUUCCAGGAGAAUGCCCUCCAAGAGCUGAACAUCUUCCUUAACGCCAACAUUGACAAGUACCUCACUCUCGUCCAGGAUCGUGUCGAGUCAGACAUUGGCUAUGGAGACACUCAGGUGAUGCUGCGUGCCCUGGAUCGCCUUCAUCGUCGCCUGCAGGCCAUGAGGAAUAUCUGUCGUGGAUUAGAGGUACAACGCAACACUGUGUCCAUCAUUAUUGGGGCUGCCCAUCAGCUGUGUGAUGCCCAUGCCAAGAACCUCAAGGAUCACUUUGCUGAUAGCUUGAGUGCAGUGCGUCUUUCCCUGGUCUCCGCCAAGAGUGAUGCAGCCACGGGACUAAACCUGAGCGAUUUGAUCAGCAAUUUAUAUGUGGCCAUGGUGGAGAAGAUCAAGGGCGUGCUGCAGGAUCUCCUUAUUUUCCUGCGUACCGAUUGGUCUUUUAAUAUCAAAGCGGAGCACAAGGGAGCACUAUGCGUAGAGGGAAUACGAGAGAAUCUGCUUAUUGGCUUUCUCCGACACAUAGCCAAGGUGAUGUGCGGCUUCGGGGAUGCCUCCAGCUCCAGUCCCCCCAACCUGUUGCUAGUACUUUCCAAGACUUGUCUGGAGUUGGAGCAGCAAGGCGUGCACAUACUGAUUGCCCUCGUGGAUGAUCUCUAUGAAAUCGAUUCGGAAAACAGUGCCACCCUAACACACGAAACGGAGAUCUGUGCUGAGAUGCGAGAGACAGCCCAGGCGCUCCUGGACGCCUAUGUCCGGCUGCAGGGCACCAAUAUCUCCCAAAUGCUGAGAAAGAGCGUGGAGACCAGAGAUUGGCUCAACUGCCUCGAGCCCAGAUCCGUGCGUGCCGUCAUGAAGCGUGUCGUGGAGGAGCUGGGAAGCAUAGAAACUGUGGUGGCCAGUCUGUACGAAGCCACAGCAAAUACAGCUUCGGGUUUCCGCACCACAGCCAGCAGCGAUUCCAGUCGAAAGACCUACUUCAGCAACUUUGCAUCCACCUCCAAGCCGCAGUAUCGUUCCAACUGGUCCAACUAUACGCCUUCGCAGCUGGAGUCCAGCUAUGUGUCCAACAUACAUCGUUUGUUCUCGGAGCGAGUGGAGAUCUUUACCUCGGUGGAGUUCACAAAGUCCUCCAUCGUAAUGGGCAUCAUUAAAAUUGGUCUUAAGACUUUGCUGGAGUGCGUGAGACUGCGAACUUUUAGCAAAUAUGGCUUGCAGCAGAUCCAGGUGGAUGCCCAUUAUCUUCAGAUGAAUCUGUGGCGCUUUGUGAGUGAUGAAAACUUGGUAAACUUCCUCCUGGACGAAAUUCUGGGAUCAGCGGUCCAACGCUGCCUGGAGUCUGUCUUAAUGGAACCAAAUGCUGUGGAAAUUAUCUGCGAAAGGGGUUAGUAUUUAGGAUUUUCUCAGAACAAACAUACUGAGCAUAACACUUAAAAAUCUCCGUCUAUUUCUGUUAAUCGCUGCUAGCCUAAGGAUCUUAUAAAUAAAAGGGCUCUGUGCACGACUUUAAA